AUGGAAGCAUCCAAAUUGAUCGAGGCCGCCGAAUCCCUGCUUAGGAAUGCCAAAUUGUUGGCCAGGCAUUUGGAGGGUCCUCAUCCGGGCAAGACGAAGCGGGACUUAGCCAUCGAGGAGGAGGGCCUCCGGCGGAAGAUCGCGCAUCAGGCGAAGAAGAUCGCCUUCGAGACGGCGCCCGCGCUUGAUGUUGUAAAAUCUGACUGGAUUGUGGUCAGUCCCUCGUCACUUGUCCUUCAUCCGUCACCACGGACACUAACUAAAUCCCAGCUUGCCGAUGUCGGGGCAUCGCACACCUUCAUUGACUGGAAGGCCUUCGACUAUAUCCCCCUCGAAGGAGAGAUCUCGAUUGCCGACCUCGCUCGCGCCGUCGAUGCCCAAGGGUCUCUCGUUGCUCGAUUCACCGCUCUCCUCCUCUCAACUGGGAAGCUCCUCCCCGGCCAGGGCCCCAACACGGUCCGCCACUCGCGCAUCUCUCCGCUCUACCGGACGGACAACGGCAUCUCCACCCUGACCUUCAUUGCCGUUGGCAACGGCAUGAGGCCCUAUUCCAACUGGCCCUGGUACUUCCGCCAGUACGGCCGCCGUGAGCCCCUCAUGCAGAAUCCAACCCCAUUCUCCUUUGCCUGGGGCCUACCUAUGCACUCGCCGUGGGAGAUCAUGGCGAUGGAUCCGGACUACGCAAGUACCUUCGGGCGGGGCAUGAAGCACAAGGAAAAGGUGUGGCCCAGAACGCCUCUUUGCGGUCGGGGAGCGCUGUAUGAUUUCUCCUGGGUUGGGGUAGAGGCUGAGAAACUGGCUCAACAGAUGGGCCAUUUCGUGCCCGUGGUGGUUGACGUCGGGGGCGGACAGGGGCAGCUGGUGAUAGACCUGAUCAGGGAAAUCAGGGGGCUCAACCCGGGGCAGUGCGUGCUGCAAGACCGACGGGAGGCUCUUGAGGACGCGAAGUGCUCGAUUGGCCUAGAAGGUGCAGUGCUCCAGGAGCAUGAUUUCCAUCUCGAGCAGCCUGUGAAAGGGGCUUUGGUAUACAUCCUCAAAAGCGUCCUCCUCAACUACUCAGAUGAGCUUGCCACGCAUAUCCUGAAACAAUUGGCAGAAGCCCUUCCUGUUGACAACCCCAAGGCAAGAGUCAUCGUCAUCGAAGACAGAUUCCUCGAUGUCCCGGAGCUGGGCAAUCGUCUUGUUGACUUGACCAUGCUGAAUCUGCGUGGGAAGCUCCGCAACAAAGAGAUGUUCGAGGCCAUUGCUGUUGCCGCAGGGCUCCAAGUAGUGGGAUUCUACACCCAGGAGGGCAAGUCGAUGUGCGUGGUUGAGUGUGCGAGGGUGUGCGAGAGUGCGGGGAGUCCGCCUGGAAAUGGUGACUUCUAA